CUCAGCGUCUCAAAACCGUGGACAUAAAAUGACAGCACGAUUUAAAAUUAUGCGCUCAUUUCAAAUAGUCUCGCGCCGCUCGCGUCUCCGUGCACUCGUUAAAAAUGCCGAAGUGUUCGAUGAGAAAUUGUAAAAAUACUACAUCAAAAACGUUAAAAAAGGAUGGGAUAUCGUAUUUUCGUUUUCCUCGUGAUCCAAUACGAUGCGGAGAAUGGACAUCAAUCGUCAGUCAAGAAAGGCGUCAAGAUUUUUUUAAGCCAAAUAGUUCUAACGUCGUUUGCUCUGAGCAUUUUUUGGACAAAGUCAUGUAUGUCAGUGCAAAAGGCAUAAAGCGUCUUCUUAAAACGGCUGUUCCUAGUGUACCGGAUAUAUCAGCACAGGACCUCGAGUUUAUUGAAAUACCGGAUGAUGGCGGUGAUACUGAAGUCUGUCGUACAUGUUCAAUGUCUGAUGUAGAAAAUAAGGAAGUCAAAUCUCCUACUACAUCCCUGAGUACAGGCUUAAUUUUACAUAUACACACCACCGAAAGAUCCACCACGGAUACACCACGAAAAGUAGACAUAACAAGUGAACUCCACAAAUUCCGCAGAAGGCUAAUUAGCAAGGAUAAACUCAUUAACAACUUAAGAAAGAAAAAUUCUAGACUUGUUAAAAAGACCAUUUUACUUAAGAAUGCGUUAAAACUUUUAAAGAAAAGAUUUAAAGAUUGA